CGCUCAGAAGCUCUACCCGGGCGCCCAGGCACCAUGUACCGCGCACUCCGGCUCCUCGCGCGCUCGCGUCGCCUCGCGCGAGUCCCCCCCUCGGCGUCCACCUCGACUCCCGGCCUCGGCGGCACGGCCUCCCUCCCGUUCCGGCCCCCGGUCGCCGCCCGAAUGGCGAGCCAGAAUUCCUUCCGGGUAGAAUAUGAUACUUUUGGUGAACUCAAGGUCCCCAAUGAUAAGUAUUAUGGCGCCCAGACCGUGAGGUCGACAAUGAACUUUAAGAUCGGAGGUGUGACGGAGCGCAUGCCAAUCCCAGUUAUUAAAGCUUUUGGCAUCUUGAAGCGAGCCGCUGCUGAAGUAAACCAGGAUUAUGGUCUCGAUCCAAAGAUUGCUAGUGCAAUCAUGAAGGCCGCAGACGAGGUAGCCGAAGGGAAGCUGAACGACCACUUCCCCCUGGUGGUGUGGCAGACUGGGUCCGGGACCCAGACGAACAUGAAUGUGAACGAGGUCAUUAGCAACAGAGCCAUCGAGAUGCUGGGAGGCGAGCUGGGCAGCAAGAAGCCCGUGCACCCCAACGACCACGUCAACAAGAGCCAGAGCUCCAACGACACCUUCCCCACGGCCAUGCACAUCGCCGCCGCCAUGGAGGUCCACGAGGUGCUGCUGCCGGGGCUGCAGAAGCUGCACGAUGCGCUCGAGGCCAAGUCCAAAGACUUCGCCCAGAUCAUCAAAAUCGGGCGGACCCACACCCAGGACGCGGUCCCGCUCACUCUUGGGCAGGAGUUCAGUGGUUACGUUCAGCAGCUGAAAUACGCCAUGACGAGGAUAAAGGCUGCCAUGCCCCGGAUCUACGAGCUCGCGGCCGGGGGCACCGCCGUGGGAACCGGGCUGAACACGAGAAUUGGCUUUGCCGAGAAGGUGGCCGCGAAGGUGGCCGCGCUCACAGGCCUGCCUUUUGUCACAGCCCCAAACAAGUUCGAAGCCCUGGCGGCCCACGAUGCGCUGGUGGAGCUCAGUGGCGCCAUGAACACGACCGCGUGCAGCCUGAUGAAGAUCGCCAAUGACAUCCGGUUCCUGGGCUCCGGGCCCCGCUCAGGUCUCGGGGAGCUGAUCCUGCCGGAGAACGAGCCGGGCAGCAGCAUCAUGCCAGGCAAGGUGAACCCGACGCAGUGCGAGGCCAUGACCAUGGUGGCCGCCCAGGUCAUGGGCAAUCACGUCGCUGUGACCGUCGGGGGCAGCAACGGACACUUUGAAUUGAACGUUUUCAAGCCAAUGAUGAUUAAGAACGUGCUGCACUCGGCCAGGCUGCUGGGGGACGCGGCAGUGUCUUUCACAGAAAACUGUGUGGUGGGAAUCCAGGCCAACAAAGACAGGAUCGCCAAGCUGAUGAACGAGUCCCUGAUGCUGGUGACUGCUCUCAACCCGCACAUAGGGUAUGACAAGGCAGCAAAGAUUGCUAAGACCGCACACAAAAAUGGGUCCACCUUGAAGGCCACCGCCAUUGAACUUGGCUACCUCACAGCCGAGCAGUUCGAUGAGUGGGUGAAGCCCAAGGACAUGCUGGGCCCCAAGUGAUCUGAGUGAAUUUGUAAUAAAAUCUGCGACAUAAACACGAAACAGCCUCAUGUUUUUUAAACAAAACUGGGUAAGUGUGGACGGAAGCUGCUAUUGAACUUGACUACAGCAGAGCAGUUUGGACCGUUCAUAAAACCCCAGGACAUGCAAAGUCCAAAAUGAAUUUAAAAAGCGAAUAAAACAAUUGUAUAAAAUCA